GCCGGGGCUGCCGCCGGCGUCCACGCCGCCGCCGAGCUCGCCCGCGCGAAGAUGGCUGCGAAGGGCGCGCACGGCGCCCACCUGAAGCUCGAGGCCGAGCUGGAGCGCUGCCGCGCCGAGGGCCGCUGGGCCCGCGUGCCCGCGCUCGUGCGCCAGCUGCAGGCGCUCGCGCCCCCCGGCGCGCCCGGGCCCCGGCGGGCGUCCCCCAGCGCGCCCGGCGCCGCGGCGGACGCGGAUGAUUUUGGGAAGCUGCUCCUGGCUGAGGCCCUCUUGGAGCAGAGUUUGAAGGAGAACCACACCAGUAUCAAAGACUCCGUCCCUUUACUGGAGAAGAAUGAGCCAAAGAUGAAUGAAGCCCGAAACUAUCUGAGCAGCGUCCUUACCCAGGGGCGGCUCUCGCCGCAGUACAUGCGCGAGGCCAUGCUGAUCCUGGGCAAAAUGCAUUUCGUGGAGGGCGCCUACCGGGACGCCAUCAGCAUGUACGCCCGGGCCGGCGUCGACGACAUGGCCCUGGAGAACAGGCCCCUGUACCAGAUGCGGCUGCUGGCAGAGGCCUUUGUCAUUAAAGGCCUGUCCCUGGAACGCCUGCCCAGCUCCAUCGCUUCCCGCUGCCGGCAGACCGAGCGGGAGGAGGAGGUGAUCGCCUGCUUUGAGAGGGCCUCGUGGAUCGCGCAGGUGUUCCUGCAGGAGCUGGAGAAGGUCUCGAGUAACAGCGCCUCGCGGCCCCUGAAGGGCUCACCCCCGGCUGACUUUGAGCUCUCCUACUUCCUGGAGGCUGCGCUACAGAGUGCCUACGUGACCAACCUGAAGAAGGGGAACGUGGUGAAGGGCAUGCGGGAGCUUCGGGAGGUGCUGCGGACCGUGGAGACCAAGGCCACGCAGAGCUUCAAAGUGGUGGCGGCCAAGCAGCUGGCGGGCGUGCUGCUGCACUCCCUGAGCGAGGACUGCUACUGGGGGCCGCUGUCGCGCCCGCUGCCCGAGCUCACGGCCAGGGAGGAGAAGGCCUUCCUCACGCAGGCCCUGCGCAGGCCGCACCUCUACGAGGGCGACAACCUCUACUGCCCCAAGGACAACGUGGAGGAGGCCCUGCUGCUGCUGCUGCUGAGCGAGUCCAUGGCCACUCGGGACGUGGUGCUGAGCCGGGCGCCCGAGCAGGCAGAGGGCCGGGCCGUGAGCCUGCAGAACGCCUCGGCCAUCUACGACCUGCUGAGCAUCACGCUGGGCAGGCGUGGCCAGUACGCCAUGCUUUCCGAGUGCCUGGAGCGAGCCAUGAAGUUUGCGUUUGGAGAAUUUCAUCUCUGGUACCAGGUCGCCCUCUCCAUGGUGGCGUGUGGGAAGUCGGCCUAUGCUGUGUCACUGCUGCGGGAGUGCAUGAAGCUGCAGCCCUCGGACCCCACCGUCCCACUGAUGGCCGCCAAGGUCUGCAUCCGCUCGCUGCACUGGCUGGAGGAGGCGGAGCACUUUGCCUUGGCUGUGAUCGACCUCGGGGAGGAAGCCGGGGAGUUUCUCCCCAAGGCCUACCUGGCGCUCGGCCUCACCUACAGCCUGCAGGCCAGUGAUGCGACGCUGAAGUCCAAGCAGGAUGGCUUGCACCGGAAGGCCCUGCAGACGCUGGAGAGGGCCCAGCAGCUGGCGCCCGGCGACCCCCAGAUCGCCCUCUACGUCUCCCUGCAGCUGGCCCUUGUCCGCCAGAUCUCCUGUGCCAUGGAGCAGCUGCAGGAGGCCCUGAAGCUGAGCAGGGACGACGGGCAUGCCCUGCACCUGCUGGCCCUGCUCCUAUCCGCGCAGAAGCAGCACCAGCACGCCCUGGACGUGGUCGACAUGGCCAUCGCCCAGCACCCUGAGAACUUCAACCUCAUGUUCACCAAGGUCAAGCUGGAGCAGGUGCUCAAGGGCCCGGAGGAAGCGCUGGGGACCUGCCGGCAGAUGCUGCGGCUGUGGCAGAGUCUGUACAGCUUCUCCCAGAUGGGCGGCCUAGAGAAGGACGGCAGCAUCGGCGAGGGUGUGGCGGUGAAGAAGCAGAGCGGCUUACACCUGACACUGCCUGACGCCCACGACGCGGACUCCAGCUCCCAGCGCGCCUCAUCCAUCGCGGCCUCCCGGCUGGAGGAAGCUAUGUCAGAGCUGACCGUGCCCAGCUCCGUCCUGAAGCAGGGCCCCGCGCAGCUGUGGACCACGCUGGAACAGAUCUGGCUGCAGGCCGCCGAGCUUUUCAUGGAGCAGCGGCACCUCAAGGAGGCCGGGUUCUGCGUGCAGGAGGCGGCCGGCCUCUUCCCCACCUCGCACUCGGUGCUCUACACGCGGGCCCGCCUGGCUGAGGCCAAGGGCAGCCUGGAGGAGGCCAAGCAGCUGUACAGGGAGGCGCUGACGGUGAACCCCGACAGUGUGCGCAUCAUGUACCGCCUGGGCCUGAUCCUGAACCGGCUGGGCCACCGGAGCCUGGCCCAGAAGGUGCUGCGGGACGCCGUGGAGAGGCAGAGCACGUGCCAUGAGGCGUGGCAGGGCCUGGGCGAGGUGCUGCAGGCGCAGGGCCAGAGCGAGGCGGCCGUGGACUGCUUCCUGGCCGCCCUGGAGCUGGAGGCCAGCAGCCCCGUGGUGCCUUUCUCCAUCAUUCCCAGGGAGCUGUGACGCGGGCCGGGAUCCGGGAAAUACAUCUCAGCCCUGGCCCUGCCUCCCACCCUCCCGGGCCCUAGCUCUCGGCCGCUCAGAAUGCCUGGGUUCGGGAGCAAGAAGAGGCUGGAGGUGGCCCCCGGGAGCGUCGUCCGUCUCCGAUGCCCUGGAUGGUGCCUCCUGCCUGGACCCCCCUGACCCUGCACCUGCUCAGGUCUCCGAGCCUCAGCCCUUGGCUCACGGGUGCCAGCAGUGACCCCCUCAGAUUCUCCCUCAACCCCCCUCCCCCCGAGACAAUCAGCUUGAGCCUUAGUGCCCACUGGGCACUGCUGGGGGUGUCAUAGCAGCCUCACCUCCCCGUCCUUCGCAUCCAGGCUGCCACUGCCACCCGGGGUCCCAGCCUGACUCCGGCACCCGCACUUGCUCCCGCAGCCCAUGAUGGCCCAGCGCCGACCUUGGGCCUGCCCGUUCCUGCCUCUGCUGCCCCUUCUCCCUGCGCGCAGGCCCCAGCCACCCUCCUCAGCCCAAGGCCCCCAGGAGCAGCUCAGAAGGCUCCCCUUCUAGAACAUACCUCUGGCCAUUGCGGGCAGGCUGGGCCCUAGGGUGGCCCCAACCCCAGCCUGGUUCUUGAGGUCCCCCUGCCCAAGGUCAAAUAGGUACUGUGGUUGGAGAACCCUGGUGGGAGGGCGUUGCGCCUGCCCCCGCCCCUGAGGGUCCUGGACCAGGGGGCAGGCAGUGCUGGGUGCCCCCAGCCGCCCUCACUCACCGCUCGGGCUCCCUUUUCUGCCCAGCUGGGGGUUUGUUUGCCAGCUUUCCCGAGCACUGCUGUCGUUUCCCAGGCCUGUUCCUCAGGAGCAAGGGGCAGUCGGUGACCCACACUUGGCAGGGACCAGCCCCAGGCACCGAGCCUGCUGGCUGUGCUGGGACAACACUCUCUCUCUCUCCCUCUCUCUCUCCCUCUCUCUCUCUCUCUAUCUCUGUAUAUAAAUAGAUAUAUAUAUAUAUAUAUAUAUAUACACACACACACAUAUAUAUAUGAGAGAUCUAUUUUUCUCCCUGGAACUCUAUUAGGAAAAAAAAAAGCAAGUAAACCACAAAUGCUGUUGGUUUGCCUGGAGGUACCCAAGAGGCCAGGGGUCAGGGAUGAAUAAAGAGG